CUGAUAUGGACUCAAAGCUUUCAGAUGCUCUGUUAGAACUCCCAAAGGUGUCUAACACCCUGACUCAGCAAUUCAGGAGAAACGACCGCGCCAUUCCAGAAGAUUUAGACUAGAGCGCGCCAAUCUGAAAAAUCAAGCGGCAAUUCUUGAAGACUAGGGCGGAAAAUUUAGCAGCAAAUAUAUACCCCAAUUCCAAAACCUCAUAUUUUCUUCCCCUCAGCCUCUCCUACAUGUCCAUCGAACAUUGACCCUACCCUCAAGUCUUCUUCGAUUCUGAUCUUCCUGCGACAGUGGCUCAAAUCCAGCCGGUGAGCAUCACUUAAAUAGCGUGAAAUUCUGAAAAUGUAAUUCUUUUUGGUUUUGUAAGUCAAGUUGGUUUUGUCCCCGCUGCUAAAACUGUGUAAAACAUCAAUUUUUUGGAAUUAAAGAGUGCAAUCUAUUCUAGCUGCAGUAUUUUUUCAGUUUAUAUUAAAUUUUAAUUAUUCUUUAGUGUCUUUAAUGUUUGGCUAGUGAUUUAAUAAUUUACUAAGUAGUAUGUAUGAUAUACUCCGUAGAAGACUAUUUGAAUCAUAUGUUAUUAUUUACUUUGUUGAGUUUUAAUACUUUAAAGAGCAAGAGUGCUAAUGGAUGCAGUAAGAAUUAAGAACACUACCAUCUUGUUAUUGGAGUGUUUGAAUUAUUCAUUUUGAUAAUUUAAUAUAUCUAAUGUUUAUUUGUCGAAGUAGCAUAAAUGGAUUCCAAUGACUCAACUGAGUUUACAAACACGAGACAGGCUUCUGGUUACUCCAUGCCGCCAACAAAUAUGAAUCAAUUUAGUGUUCCAUCUAGUUACACAAUACUACCGCAAAGCCCGAAUCAAUUCAGCCAACCUUCUGGCUACACUUUCCCGCCUCACAAUUUGAACCAUUUUACUCCAUCCAUCUAUCCUGUUGAUCCAAAAAAUGGAACUUUUCCUUUCCAUAUUGAGCAACAUAACACAAAUGGAUUCUCUUAUCCAGAAUUGUUGAAUGCACCCAUUGUGAGCUCUCAAAGUUGUGAGACCAAGAAGACAUCAAAAAAGAGAGCUAAAGAUGCCCAUAAUUCUAAUAUUUCUCAAAAUCUAUGCCUGAACCUUCACUUCUUAAAAAGGAUUGGUCUGUGGAAGAGGAGGUUGCACUAACAGAGGCAUGGCUUUAUAUUUCUAUGGAUGCUGAUGUGGGUAAUAACCAGAAAAAUGCUGCCAUGUGGACUCGUGUCAUAGAAGUUUGGAAGGAAAAAAUGGGUCCAUCUCACAAGGUAACAAGAAGCAAUAAUAGCUUCCAAUGUCAUUGGUUCCAAAUACGAUCAGACGUAAAUAAAUUUGUUGCGAAAUAUGAGCAGUUGGAAUGACAUCCACAAAGUGGCACAAAUAAGGAUGACUUGGUGAUAAAAGCAUUACGCUUAUAUGAGGAUUUCUAUGCAACUCCAUUCAAGUUUCUUCAUUGUUGGGAAAUAUUGAUCAAGAAUUCAAAAUGGUGCUCACAAACUCUUACAAAGACAGGUGUAUCAAAUAAACAAAGUUCAGAUAAUGGUAUUCCACCAACACUGAAUGAGCCUUUAACUACUAUGCCUGAAGAUGUUUUACCACCAAAUGAUGCAAAACCGGAUGGAAUUGUGAGACCAGAAGGAAGGAAAAAUGCUAAGGCUAAAAAGCGAAGGUUACAUGAUGAAAAAGACGUGGUAGCGGGUGAAUUGAAUAAGCUGCAGUCCACUUUGGAGAAACAAGUUGAUAUUAAUCAAGCAAGUAUGCAAAUGAAAGAGCAAGUGUUGAUGAAAGAAAUUGAAUUAAAGGAAAAAGCUCAAAGGAGGCAACACCAGAAUCGCAUUAUGAAUCAAGAUCUUAGUAAAUUGUCACCAUCAGUUAGAGCUUCUAAUGAAGUUAUGCAGGCAAAAUUUUUGAAAGAAUGGGAAGCUGAUGGUAUUUUCUAGUCUAAAAAGUUGCACUUGAGAGGAACACCAUUUGAAGUUUUUUAUUUAAAUUAUUUCAUAAGCAGUCCAUGAUAAUGAUCAAAGUUUAUCCUUUCUUUCUGGUCUUUUAUGUUUCUUUAUUUACUUAGAACACAAAUAAUAUUCUUAUCCUUUCUUUCUGGUCUUUUAUGUUUCUUUAUUUACUUCGAACACGAAUAAUAU